AUGUCGCCGCGUCGAGGCUGCCGCGAAUCUACGCGGGUCCUCCUCUCGUUGUUGAGACCAGAAAAGAGGAUGCCAUGGAGCCGGAGGCCAAGGAAGAGGACGAGCGACGCUCGUCGACGCCGAGUCCCGAGUUUUACGUGAGGAGGAGUAAGCGUUACAACGAGGAUGGCAGCAGCGAGGAAGAAGCUAAGCACGAUAGCACCUCGCUGUCUAACCACAGGUUGCCGUCUUCGUACCGUGGAACAUGGCCCAUCAGAAGAGACGUAUGGGCUAAUCAACAGAUUGGCUUUCCGGCCCAGCAGAGCACAUCACUCGCUGCGCACAAUGACGUGGCUAGCGUGAUGAGCUUCUCGUCAUCGAACUCCGCGGUUCUUGUUGAGGGCAGUUCCACGGAGUUACCAGGUCACAGGUGGUUGGGCGCCAAGGUGGACGUAGUGUAUAAUCUGUUGGGCAUGCUGGAGAAGAACGGCCAAGAGGAUAUGAGCACCACUUUGCUGUCCAUGAGCACUUCCAUCGACAGCUGUCUUGUGAUGAGGCAGUCUGGAUGUUUGCCACUGCUGGUGCAGCUGAUUCACGCACCCAGACAGGAUCCCGACACCCGGGACAGGGCUAUGCAAGCGUUGCGCAAUGUGGUGCAUGCCAAGAGUGACGAGAGAGCCGGUCGUCGGGAAGCGCGAGUGCUUCGGUUUUUGGAACAAUUGAGGGACUAUUGCCAGACUCUAAGAAUAUCAAUGGAGAGAAGUCAGUCUGCGAACGAUCUUGAAAGGGCACAUCCUGCUGCGACGAUAGCCGCGCUUAUGAAACUUUCCUUCGACGAGGCUCAUCGUCACGCCAUGUGCCAACUAGGCGGCCUCCACGCGGUCGCUGAGCUCAUCGAAAUGGAUCACUUAGCCCACGGCAGCGAGAGUGACGAUCAGAACUGUAUUACGUUGCGAAGAUACGCGGGAAUGGCAUUGACCAAUUUGACUUUUGGCGACGGCAAUAACAAGGCGCUGCUCUGCUCUUUCAAGGAAUUCAUGAAAGCCUUAGUUUCGCAGUUGAGGAGUCCCAGUGACGACCUCAGACAGGUGACGGCAAGCGUUCUGAGAAAUUUGUCUUGGCGUGCUGAUAGCAACAGCAAACAGACUUUGAGAGAAGUGGGAGCGGUGACGGGUUUGAUGAAAGCCGCUAUGGAGGGUCGCAAAGAAUCGACUUUAAAAUCGAUAUUGUCCGCUCUAUGGAAUCUGUCGGCUCACUGCAGCACAAACAAAGUAGACAUUUGCGCCGUGGACGGCGCGUUGGCAUUUCUCGUGGACAUGUUGAGCUACAAGGCGCCAUCCAAGACGCUCGCGAUAGUUGAAAACGCCGGUGGCAUAUUAAGAAACGUGUCCAGUCACGUGGCGGUGCGAGAAGACUACCGAGCUAUCGUGAGAGAAAAAGGCUGCCUGCAAGUUCUCCUGCAGCAAUUGAGAUCGCCCAGCCUGACGGUGGUCAGCAACGCUUGCGGGGCGCUCUGGAAUCUGUCUGCGCGGUGUCCUCAAGAUCAACGUCUCCUCUGGGACUUGGGCGCUGUUCCGAUGUUGCGCAGUCUUGUUCAUUCCAAGCACAAGAUGAUCUCGAUGGGCUCAAGUGCGGCUUUGAAAAAUCUGCUCAGCGCCAGACCCGGUUGUAACAAUCUCAUUCAUUUAGAUUCUACCGCUCGUGGACUUGGGUUAUCGACUCUGCCGAGUCUGGUCGCCCGCAGGCAACGUGCGUUGGAACAAGAGAUCGAUCAGAAUCUGGCCGAGACGUGCGACAAUAUCGAGCCGAGCACGUCGCCGACCAACAAGGACGACAAGUUCACAUUCAAGCUCGAUCACAGUUUUCUCGGCAUCAACACGCACAGUCUACGUACUUACCAGCUGCACAAUCAACCUAGCACAUCUGGCGUAAAGUGCAACGGAGUCGCCAGAAGUGAGAGCAGAGACUCCAUGCGUUCUGUGACUAGCACGCAUUCCGAUACCAUGUUCGAGCGGGUAAAUCGACACGUACUGAACAGUAUGUCGCCAACUGAUUCGCAGAUCAAACAACAAUCUUCGUCGCUGCAUUCCGCGGUUGGAUUUGACAACGGCGACAGUCACGUGAAAACCAUAUCUUCCGAGAGGAAAUAUACUUUGCGCUACAAGAACGCUAUACCUGAACGAUUGAGAACUUCCGACGGAAAUUUCGACGUGAAUCAGAUGAGAUGCACGAAUUCUACCAUAUCAUGGGCCACAGUACCUAAUCAGGAACCUUCUCAGACCUCCUUGCACUCUUCCAUGGAGAACAAUAUGUCUCUGAUCGAUCAAAGCGUAUCGUCCAAGACUGGUAGCGAGACGAGCGUUUCUGAGGAAGCUGAAGCGACUGUUUGUGCAAAACCUGAUUAUCGGCGAACAACCGCGAAAACGACAGCUAUUGACAGCUCGAAGCCAGUUUCCUUCUUGUCCAAUGUUUCUACCAACAAAGAGAACGCGAGUUUCAGCAAAACACUGAACAACAUUCAGAAAGCGAUAUCGCCCACUAUCGGUCGCGGUCCAAAUAGCAAUUUAUUCGGCGAUUACGCCGAAACGGAUUUAGAUCAACCGACCGACUACAGUCUGCGCUACGGCGAGCAAACUAUAGACGACGAGAAACAACACUCCGGUUUCUUUUCGGGCAACGAUCAAGGACUUCUGCACGAGGACACAAUCAGGACUUACUACACUGAAGGAACGCCGCGCGGAACGUCCUUAAACUCGUCCAGAGCCACUUCCGCUUCCGAUUUGCAGGACGACAGUCGUAUAAGGAGUUUGUCGAAAAAAUUGCCUGAGCGAUACAAAGUGAGACACGCGGAGGACACCGGUGAAUGCAAAGCUUUAUCCUUGACGGACGUGCCAAAACUGAACGACUUUACCGAGUCGGAAACAGAGUUGAAUUUACGAGGUGUGACGCAUCAUCUCACUGACAACAAAAGCGCAAAUCGCUCGUUACCAUAUCUCGAGGGAGAUUUGAGUCAGAAAGUGAAAAAUGUUCCACAAGACGCGGCAGUUCAAAACCAUUCAAGUGUAAGAACAACACCAAUUUCAAUGGUAUUAGAAAGCUCUGAGUUUAACGACGACGGGGAGACCAGUUCUGGAAUGAUUAACAUGGAUUCCAAAUCUAACAACUGCAAAGUAAACAAAGACUUACCUUCGAGUGACAUUGAAUUUACAUCCGGCAAUGCUGGUUUGAAAACAUCCAGUAACGAUUCAGGAUAUCAAGUAAGUGACGGGGACGAGGACGACGAGGACCUGCUAGCUGCUUGUAUUAACAUUGGAAUGCAAAAUAAUAGGCACAGACAUUCCUUCAUAGGAAAUAACCUCGAAAAGAUGCCUCGAUCGGAAAGCAAUUUGACUCGAUACCAAACUAGUCUUGCUUUGGAUCAAGUCGAACGUAAUGAAAGUGUGGAGUCCGACCGCUUAUCGUUCAAUAUAAAAUACGCAGAGUUCUGUGAAAUUACAACUGACAAUGUUUUAUUAGAAAAAAAUGAAGAAGAUAAAAAAACUAAUAAUGACAAAAUAUUCAAACAAAAUAUUCAAAGGGAAACAACUAAAGUAACAACAAACUCAAACGACGAAAACGUGCGUGUUGUUAAAGAAUCAAAUGACAUUUCAGUCACGACUAAAGUGAAUAACGAUAAUUCUAAUAAUUUCUCGAAAGAAUCGGAGCCAAAAUUGCAAAAUCUUAACGCGUCAUUGAAUAGAAAUUCGUCCAACGAUCUUAUAAAUGACGGGAGCAAUGUGAAUCAAAAGGAAUCUGUUGCACGAACGGACGAGGCGAUAACUGAUGAUCAGAUUGCGGACAAUUCAUCUAUGAAGCAGUCAUUUACGAAAGAUUCUGAGAGUAGCGAAUCAAUCGACUCGGUCGAGCAGUCUGAACACGCGCUACUGGAACUGUGUAUCCAACCUGGCAUAAAAUCCGAAGGCAAUGUUGCUCUUAAUCAGAGUAAUGAAGAUUACGUUAAAUCGCAGCUAGAGUUGUACAAUAAACAAAUAGACUUCAUAAAGGGGAAAAGCAACCAGGAAAUAACUGAGAUUGAUGGCAACGAGUGUAAUAAACCAGAACUGUCUUACGAUAUUGUGCGAACUUCGGAUGUUCUGCAUCGCGAAAGCGCGGAAAAACACACGAAGGAAGAAACUUACAGACGGCAAAGAGAUCCGGAUGCUAUGAUCGCUUCGUUGGAUCGACUGACGGCAACGUUGGUUCAGCAGACCGAAGCAAUACGCGAACGAGAUUCUGGUGCGAUGAAGCAGAGUCUGACGUGUGACACGUGGAACGAGGACUCUCCCAACGAUGUUUCCUUUCCUAGUAUCAGCAUGAGUGCUCCAUUGGCUGCUUCAUUCAACAGUGACGCGCAGGAAGAUCGUAGCAAUAUGUCUGAAAACAUCGAACAAGUUGAGAACAACGAGCAGACCAACAUGACAGAAUCGAAAAUUAUUCAACGCGAAGCUAUCAAGCUCGCAGAAGCGGUAGACGCCGAGAUGAACAAUCAGAACGAGCUCGAGACGACGAGUCUGACGUCCAUCGACCUGGAAGCAAUCAAACCACCGUCCACGAUGGGAAGUUUACUGUCGUUGACGGCGAGUUACGCCGGCACGGCCGACAAUAACGAGAUGUUUAUCAACCGGGACAGAUGUUACUCUACGUCAUUGCCACCAGUGCCAGGAAAGACUUCCACCGAUUCUCGUAAUGUGCGGAAGAAAUCCUUACCACUCGGCAUGGUGGCUAAACGAGCCUUAGGCCAGGGUCAGACUCACACGGCUAGUCUCGAAAACCUGCUGAACGAAUGCACCAGUUCCCAUUUGGAAAACGUCAAACCGCCAUCAAUGAUGGACGAAUUGCCGGAUGUGGGCGAUAUGGAAAACAGUAUGCUAAGCGUAGCUAGUAUCACGUCGGAAAUUGCGGAUUCGAAGGAACAGGACUCACAUAGUUUGACCGGCAGCGACCCGGCUGUCUUCGAGAUGUUGAAACCGGUCGCCAACGUGCUAUCGAUGACGUGCAUGCGUUACGCCGAGAGCAGCGCGAAUAACAGCCUGAGCGAAUGUCUGGAGAACAUCAAUCCACCGUCCUUGUUCAACGAAGUGACCGAGAUGGACGAGUCCACCAUAGAGGCGAACAGUGAUACCAUGUGUAGCGACACUCUGUGCAUAGAAACGGAGCUGCACUCAGACGAAGUAAUACAUUCGAUCAUGGCGGAGGUAAUUGACGAGGCUGAGAACGACACCGAUGAAGCUGUCACGCCAAUUUCGUCCGAAUACUGCAGUUCGGCAGACUCGACGCCAAAGAGACGUCAUCCGAAAACGUUAACUCCGAAGCAGAAGCGGAACUUGACGAAGGAGCGAUACAAGACGUACACUAUUGCCGCAGAAAUUGUCAAGAAGGAGGAGGAGGAACGUCGGAAGAAGGAUGGUGGCGACGAGAGCGAUAAAAUUCCACGCGGGAAAUGUUCUCCCUUCUCAAAACUAACGCCGAAGCAACGUAGACAAGAGAAUAGAGCGAGGUUUCAAACGCAGGUGUUGGAAAAUCCUUUCCCGGAUCUAAACGCGGCUCAAACUAAGGAAGAAGCGCAGAAAGAAGUCGCUCAAAAUUCCGUCGAGAAGCAGCAGGAAUCCGCAUCUCCCGUUAAAUCCGCGAUUCCCACGCUGACGAAGUUGCCCGUGUGCCGAGCGUUGAGGAGGAAACGCGAUUCUCAGGAAAAUAAGGAAAGAUAUCGCACGAGAACGCUGAACGAUUCGGAAGCCGUGUUCAAGGAGGUCGAGCAUAAUCCCGCAUCGAGCACCGGCGCUGCGGAAGAAGCGCAAGCGAACGCGCAGGGUUAUGCGCGAGAAGAAAUCCAGAUCAUGUUGGAACAAAACGCCACCUUGCUGUUUAACACGCUGAACGAAUCGAGCAAAGCUAACAAUUCCACGGGAGAUGACAUUUUGCGGAACGAGACCGCAGCGUCGAACGAUUCGGAACUCGAUCGCAAUUUGAGAAUGCGUUUUGUGAACGGGCUCUCGAAAAAACUGAUGAACACCCAACAAGCCGACUACGCACAAACUCCAAAUAUUGACGAUGAAGAGAUGCGACCCGAACAUGUGGAAGUCGCUCACGAAGACACGAACUCCGGAGAUCUAAUUGAAUCAGACAGCGACGAGGAAGAGUCUAACUGCGCCGAUGAGGAACAGGAACCGAGAGAGACGAAAAGGCCGCGGAUAAUCAAGCCGGGGAUGCCGGGUCGUGAUCCUAGCGUUGAUUCCAACGCGACAGAUAAAUCCGAGCCUGGAAGUCCAAAAGCUAUUCGGGGACGAAGGAAGGCACUCUAUUCGAAUCCGAUCACGCGAAAGCCGACUCCUCAAUCGUCGCCGUUGAAACAAGUAAACUCAGUCAGUGGAAUACCAAUAGGUCGCAGCAAUACGUCGCCCAUUGUUAGAGCUACUAGAGCCACUACUUUGAGACAGAAUAAUAACGGUCCGACGACAGCCACGAAAGACUCUUCGAAAUCUAACACGAGUCCGAAGAGAACUCCGCCUAAUAUUGCGGAUGCGGAUAAGAAAACGCGAAAUGUGGCGGUUAUGUCCAAGAGAGCGUCCGUUCCCCAGAAAGGAUCCUCCUUAACUUUCACCAAAUCUACUAAACGUCACAGUACACCUGCGGCGUGCUCGUCAAACUAUCAAACCGAGAGUAAACCACCGGAGCUUCCGAUUAAGCCGCUGGAACGUCAAGGAACUUUCACGAAAGAUGAGCCGGAAGUGGAAAACGCACCGACGGUACAUUCAGCUUCCUCCUCUCCGAUAAAAACGAAGAUCGCGAAACCGAUAAGAAGCGUUUCGGCGAAGGUAUAUCCGGUAACAACGACAACAGCGAAGUCUAAGAUUUCUGUGAAAGCGCAUCAAGCGAAUCAGCCGAAGGCCAACAGCUCCGAAAAGAUGCAACCACCAAAAGGAUUAAUGGCGCCGAAGAAAAUGUCUCCUGGAAAAAUUACCGUGCCGGCAAAAGUUCUCAACGCGCCUCAAACCGACAAGACAUUUCGGAAAAUCGGUCCUCUCAGACAACGAUCCAACAGCAACUCCAGCAUAGUUUCCAAUUCGUCCGUUAACGUGCAGAAUCGCAAGCUGGCGAAGGAGGCGACAAGCAAGAUCGCGAGUCUCUGGAAGAAGGUCGAAGAAAGCAAGAACAAGCAGCGAUUCGAGAAACCGGACACCAGGCAAUGGAUAAGGCCGGCCAACAGCGCCACUGAGGUGGACGCCGUCACACCCGGUGGCGCAUUUAGUACAUCACCGACGUACAAGCUAUUCCGCAGUUCCACGUUUGAGGGAAUCUCCCAGGAAGAUAGUAGCAGCGCCGAGACAUCGCCUUACAAGUCCAAGUCCAAACAACCCUCGGUUUUAGGUACGCAAACUGGAUCCGCCGGUCUCAAGUACAGGAACUCGUGCGAUCUGACGGGCAUGAGCGCCAAUGAGGCGCCCUGCAAGAUUCCGGUGAAAUCCUCCGGCGAGUCGUACAAGAGGCAGACGACGCAGCUUGGUGACAUCCUGGUGACCAUGAGGAAGCAACAAAGCGACGAGUUCGCGGAUACCGAUCCCGCCAAAAGAAUAUCCAGGUUGAACUCCUUCAUUCGAGUAGAUGAAACAACAGCGGAGAACGGCAGCGCCAACGGCGUUCGCGCCCCAGCCUCGGCAAUCGUCCCACCCUUCAACUACAAUCCGAAGCCAGACAUUCCAUCGCAGAUGGCCGUAGCUAGAUCGAACGAGGGUAAAUUCGAAGUGGCGGAUUAUCACGCUGAAACGGGAUCCGCCAGGGUGACAACGGUAUAGAGGGAAACGAGCCCUAAACGGGAGCGCGUAAAGUUCUUGUAAUAAUCGCCUUCUCUUCGUUCCAGGCUAGUCAUUGUACAUUUGCUUGCUAUAUAUGUUCGUCUACUAUUACAUUCGUCACAUGUGAUACGCAUUACAAAGUAUAUAAUUUUAAUCGUUCUGUUUUACUUUUUUUUUUUUUUUUUUUUUUUUUUUUUUGUUUUUUUUUUUUACGUCUUUCUCUCGCGUUAUAAAAAUACGCGCGCGUUAAAGCGCCCACAAAGAUCCUUCGAUAUUUUAUCCGAAAUAAGAAAUAGUUGAACGCAUGAUAAAUAUCCAUUACAUUAAAUAUUGUACGCACUACAAAAUGCCAAUCUCUUUUAAUAACGGCAUUCAAAAACCAUGUGAAAUAUUAAUAGCGAGGAAAAAAAAAUCUCAAGACCAUUCCUGUCCAUUUUGUGUCUGUUGUAUAUAUACAUGGAUGAUAUAUAGAAAUAAUUCUGAGAUUGAAAGAGAACCAGUUGAAAAAAAUCCAUAGUGCAUAGCGGUAAUUCUGAUCGAUUAUUUAUUCAAUUUUGUAUAUACAUGGAAGACAUGAGUGAAGAAUGUAGAAAGUUUUAGUAGUACGUGUUUAAAUCUAUAUAUGUACGAUGUGUAACGCAUACUUGCGUCCAGUGAUUAUACCAGUCGCUGACGCGUCUUUGUACUUUGAAGGAGAAAAAAAAAACGUGGAGAGAACGCGGCGCGUGACAUGUAUUUUGUUUCUCUAUCAUACGUAUUAAAACUGCAUACCAUCUCUCUCUCAGAUAGAAGUCUAAUUACUUUUUGAAGACUGAAUAAGAGUAAGGGCGAUGAUGAUAAUGAUGAUGAUCUGGAAUAAGCUCGGGUAUCUUCGAUCGAAAGCUAAUCGUAAUGAAGUAGUACCGUUUGUAUCGAUUGUGAACGUAGAGCGGUCUAAAUAGUUCGCUAUAAAAACAAAAAAA